UUUACUUUUCUCCUGGAUUUCUCGAGUCUUCGUGUGAGAGCUUCGGUCACUUCAGCUACAGGUUUUUCACGUCUUUUAUUUGGACGGAGAGACAGAAGCGUGCGAGGAGCGUUGGAGGAGACUGGUAACUCGUGUGAGGACGUGGCUCUUUCUCUCGCUCUCAUCUGGUUUUCAUAAGAACAGCUGCGUCUCAAUGAAUCAUUCACGUCCUCGCUGCUCUCUAAGAGCAAUCGUAGAGAAAGAAGCCUAAUUGAAACGAGAAGCGUUCUGUAGAGAGAUGCUGAACUUUUCCAUGUGUGAUCCAGCCACAGAUGAGAUCCAUAAAUGCCAGUUUUAUAGCGGUUUUGAAUCCCGGUUCUCUUUCUGGAGAUUUCAUUACUGACACACUGAACCUCGGGCUCCUGCUGCAUGAUGGGAACAUCUCUCGUAUGGUUUUUAUAUUAAAGGGUGCUUUAUAUUUUAAAAGGGAUCGUUAAUAAUUAUUAGACUGGCAGUCUUUUAUGGAUGUUGAGAUGGUUCUGACACGGCUCGCACAUGAUCAUCAGAUCAGAACUGGAUUCAUCUGGAUGAUGCGCUUCUGAAUGAACACGAAAUAAACCGAAUUAAUAUUAAACUGAGUGACCGUGUUCUUUUGUAGAAGUGUUUAUAGCUGAACUCUCCUCACUGAUCCUGUUAUUCCUGUUUUUAUUCAAAUUCUGGGAUUUUGCUUAAAAAAAACUUUUCAUGGAAAUGCCAAGAUGUGCAUGAAAUCUUGAAUGACACAAAGCAGAUGCAUUUUGGGAUUGAAUCAUAGCUUUAUUUGCCAGGUAUUUUUUAACUGUGAAGCUCAUAAGCGCUUUAAAAAAACAUAAAGGCAUCAAGAUGCUCGAAACAAGCCGAGGCAGUACAGUUCAAGCUUGUUUGUAGAGCGCUUUCCAUCACAAAAAGUUGCUACAUCACGUUUAGGAGGUGACUGUCGGGUAAAACUCAAGCGAAGCCUUCAGAAACGAGAGAGCUGUCGUGUAAGAGGUUCUUCACCUGGUCCGCAGGUGUCGUGAUGUUGGCCGUGUUCCUGCUGCUGCUGGCCUCCGCGGCGUCGGUCCCGUCUCCCUCCAGACCCACGCCCAGGUACUGCCGCAGGUGCUGCGAUCACCUGGACCCGCCCCUGAGCCCCGCCCCCCAGCCCACGGCCAAUCACACGCCGGAGAUCCGCACCGUCAUCAACAUGACCAUCCUCAAAGGCGAGAAAGGAGAGCGCGGGGACAGAGGGACUCCUGGCAAAGCCGGAGCGGACGGACCCCCUGGACUCAGAGGUGUGACGGGGCCCAAGGGCAGUAAAGGAGACACCGGGGCCCCUGGAGACCCCUGCAAAAUCCAGCAGUCGUCUUUCUCUGUCGGACGCCGCAAAGCUCUGCACAGCGCCGAUUACUACCAGGCCCUGAUCUUCGACACCGUCUUCGUCAACCUGGGCGAACACUUCAACAUGUUCAAGGGCAAGUUCUACUGCUUCGUCCCGGGGGUCUAUUUCUUCAACGUCAACAUUCACACCUGGAACUUCAAGGAGACGCACCUGCACCUGAUGCACAACGAGCGCCAGCAGGUGAUCCUGUACGCUCAGCCCAGCGACCGCUCCAUCAUGCAGAGCCAGAGCGUCAUGCUGCGGCUGGAGCUCAACGACGAGGUCUGGGUCCGGAUCUACAAGCGCCAGCGUGACAACGCCAUCUACAGCGACGACGUGGACGUCUACAUCACCUUCAACGGACACCUGGUGGCUCCUAAUGUCUAGCGCCAGAAAACGGCUGGUCUCACCUCGUACCUUUGUCUCGUCUUUAGUCCAACUAUCUUGACUAUAAUUCUUAUCGUGUUUUGCUUACAAAAUAAAUGCAUCUUAAUUUAAGGAUUUUUUGAUAUUUUGACUAGAAAUGAAACAAAAGUACAAAUUAAGGUAUGUUUUAGCAGUGCAGAGACGUGUGUGUGUGUGUGUGUGUGUGUGUGUGUGUGUGUGAACCUUAGCUUUUCAACUGAACACACUGCUGUUGAAGAAAAAACCUUGAAAGAGUGUUUAAUUGGAGCUGCUGAGUUUAAUUUAGCAGAUGCUUUUAUCCAGAUUGACUUAAAGAUUAUAACAACAGAAGCUUCCUUAAACUCAAAAGUCGUUGUUGAACUGAUAUCAGUGUAAACAGACUUGAGCUCAAGCUUCUUUCUUCUGCGGAACAAAAUACGUUCUUAAGAAGAUCACAGUCUCUCUUUAAAGGGUUAUUCAACCCCAAGAUGAACAUUUUGUUCGUCCAUGUCGUGCCAAACAAGUAAAAAAGCUUUGUUUGUCUUCAGAACACAGUUUAUGAUAUUUGAGGGGAAAGAUAUCAUCAGAAAACUUUUCAUCAGCGGUUCAGUCUGAAUCUUCUGAAGCUGUGAGAAUACCUUUUGUAGGCAAAGUAAAUAAACGUGACUUUAUUCAUCAGUCCAUCUCUGUGAGUCAGUCCUGGAGACAUCGCUGCAUGUUUUACGUGUCAAACAUUCUAUGUGUAUUUAUGCUUUUUUGCAUGUAAAGUAUUCUCAUGGCUUCAAAAGAUGAGGGUUGAAGCACUGAUGAAAGAUGGAGCUUUCAGACGACGUCUUCUAUACUUUUCAGCAGCUUGAUAAUUGUUUGGCCGUUAAACUCUUUCACUGCAACAAAAGAUGCUGAGGACCGGCCUGAAAAGCAUCACAAAAAGCAUAAAAUAAUCCAUGAAACACUAAUGCUGUUUGCAGUAGAUGACUCUUGGGAUAUUGCUUCAGUGGUCCCCAGCUCUACUGGUUUCUGUCUGAGAUUGAGUUUCAGGGAAAUAAAGUCCUUCGCUGGACUGAUGAAGCACAGAGGUUUUGUUUUUGAUGUUCAUUAGGUGCCUAAAAUGACCAUGAACUGGUGCUAAGCCGUACCUAUUUCUGUAUUCUCACUUGUUUUUGCUCAUUUUUACCUGUGUAUGUUUAUUACUGUAUAUUAAAUGAA